CUUCCGGUUGUAGUCAAAACAAGCGAGAAAACAAAAAUGUCCGCUUCAGACGAAAUCAAACGUCUGGAGUAUCUGUCUCUGGUGUCGAAGGUCUGCACGGAGCUGGAGAACCACCUGGAGAUCAGCGAGAAGGACCUAGCCGAGUUCGUCAUCAGCCUCGCGGAGACGCACCCGACGUUCGAGGCCUUUAAAGCGGUUCUGACACAAAAUGGAGCCGAUUUCACUGACACCCUCAUUGGAAACGUCCUGCGACUUAUUAACACGAUGCGACCCUCGCCUUCUUCAAGCAAAGACGUGAAGCCGCCGAGCGAGCAGGACAAGCUGAAGGAUAAAUAUCCUGCUCUGUGUCAACCUGAUGAUCCCAUGUGGAUUCCCCCCGCUGUUCACGUCAAUAGAGAUGAUGAGCAGGUGGCCGCCGCAGCCAUGAAGGAGCUGGAGAUGCUUAUGCCCAAUGUUUGUGGGAUAAUCUCUGACAGCAGAGAUCGAGAUGCAGACAGAGAAAGCGGAUGUAAGCGAAGUCGAUCAGGAGAUUGUGGCGAAGAAACGAACCACAAGCCGAAAAGGAAACGUCCGUCUCGCUGGAGCGACCAUCCGCCGACCCCGGAGAGAGACAAAGACAAGAUUAAAGAGAAAGAAGUGGAGCAGCAGCAGCAGCAGCAGCAGCAGCAGCAGCAGCAGGAGGAGGAGAAGGAGGAGGAGAAGGAACGCUGGCUCAACAGACCCGUGGACAAGCCUCUGUCAGACGAGCCGGUGGUGGGAGACAUCUACAACGGCAAAAUUAGCAGCCUGAUGCAGUUUGGUUGUUUUGUGCAGCUGGAGGGUCUCAGGAAACGCUGGGAGGGUCUGGUGCACAUCUCAGAGCUGCGUAAAGAAGGACGUAUUGCAAACGUGGCCGACGUGGUCACCAGAGCCCAGAAGGUGAAGGUCAAGGUUCUGUCCUUCACAGGAAGCAAAACCAGCCUGAGCAUGAAGGAUGUUGACCAGGAGACGGGGGAGGACCUGAAUCCCAACAGAAGACGGAACCUGGACACCGGAGUGAAUAGUGAAACCAUGAGGAAUCCCGAUCGGCCCACAGACGCCAAUCUGAUCGAGGUCAAGGACAAGCCCACGGAUCACAAGCGGCUCGCCAAGAUAACCGACCUGGAGAAGUGGGAGAUUAAACAGAUGAUUGCAGCCAAUGUUCUUCCUAAAGAAGAGUUCCCAGAAUUUGACGAGGAGACGGGAAUCCUUCCCAAAAUAGACGAGGAUGAAGAUCAAGAUGUAGAGAUCGACCUGGUUGAAGAGGAGCCACCGUUUCUACAGGGACAGACAAAGUGGACCUUGAACAUGAGCCCAGUCAAAAUAGUGAAGAAUCCGGACGGCUCCCUCUCCCAAGCAGCCAUGAUGCAGAGCGCUCUGUCCAAGGAGAGACGAGAGCUGAAGCAGCAGGCGCGAGCAGCCGAGAUGGACUGCAUCCCCACGGGUCUCCACAAGAACUGGAUCGACCCCAUGCCCGACUAUGAAGGAAGGCAGAUCGCCGCCAACAUGAGGGGCAUCGGCGUGAUGCCUGUGGACGUGCCGGCGUGGAAACGCUACGCCUGCGGGGGGAACCAGGUUUCCUACGGCCAGAAGACGGAGCUCUCCAUCCUGCAGCAGAGAGAGAGCUUACCUAUUUUCAAACUCAAGGAGCAGCUCAUUCAGGCUGUCCACGACAACCAGAUGUUGAUUGUAGUGGGAGAAACUGGGUCCGGUAAGACCACACAGAUCACCCAGUACCUGGCAGAGGUCGGCUACACCACUCGGGGGAAGAUUGGUUGUACGCAGCCCCGUCGGGUAGCCGCCAUGUCGGUGGCCAAGCGAGUCUCUGAGGAGUACGGCUGCCGUUUAGGUCAAGAGGUGGGUUACACCAUUCGUUUCGAGGACUGCACCAGCACAGAGACGGUGAUCAAGUACAUGACCCACGGGAUGCUGCAGAGGGAGUGUCUGAUCGACCCGGACAUGAGCCAGUACUCCCUCAUCAUGCUGGACGAGGCCCACGAGAGGACCAUCCACACAGACGUCCUGUUUGGCCUCCUCAAGAAGACGAUGCAGAAACGCAAAGACCUGAAGCUCAUCGUCUCCUCUGCAACACUGGACGCCGUCAAAUUCUCCCAGUAUUUCUAUGAAGCUCCCAUCUUCACCAUCCCUGGAAGAGCUUUCCCAGUGGAGGUUCUCUACUGCAAAGAGCCUGAGACCGACUACCUGGAUGCCAGUCUCAUCACCGUCAUGCAGAUCCACUUAACUGAGCCUCCAGGGGACGUCCUGGUGUUUCUGACGGGUCAGGAGGAGAUCGACACGGCCUGUGAGAUCCUGUACGACCGGAUGAACUCGCUGGGGCCAAAUGUGCCUGAGCUCAUUAUUCUGCCCGUCUACUCGGCCCUGCCCAGCGAGAUGCAGACCAGAAUCUUCGACCCGGCUCCACCAGGCAGCAGAAAGGUCAUCAUUGCCACUAAUAUCGCCGAGACGUCUCUGACCAUCGAUGGAAUCUACUACGUGGUCGAUCCUGGUUUCGUCAAGCAGAUCGUGUACAACUCCAAGACCGGCAUCGACCAACUGCUGGUGACUCCCAUAUCACAGGCCCAGGCCAAGCAGCGGGCGGGUCGAGCCGGCAGGACGGGCCCAGGGAAGUGUUACAGGCUCUACACAGAGAGAGCCUACAGAGACGAGAUGCUGACGUCCAACGUGCCGGAGAUCCAGAGAACCAGUCUGGCCAGCACGGUGCUGUCUCUGAAGGCCAUGGGUAUAAACGACCUCAUGGCUUUCGACUUCAUGGACGCUCCGCCCAUGGAGACUCUGAUCAUAGCCAUGGAGCAGCUCUACACUCUGGGCGCUCUGGACGAUGAGGGUUUGCUCACCAGGCUCGGCAGAAGGAUGGCCGAGUUCCCUCUGGAGCCGAUGCUCUGUAAGAUGUUGAUCAUGUCCGUGCAUCUGGCGUGCAGCGAGGAGAUGCUCACCAUCGUGUCCAUGCUGUCGGUUCAGAACAUCUUCUACAGACCGAAGGACAAACAGGCGCAGGCCGACCAGAGGAAGACAAAGUUCUUCCAGGCGGAGGGAGACCACCUCACGCUGCUGUCUGUUUACAACUCCUGGAAGAACAACAAGUUCUCCAACCCCUGGUGCUUCGAGAACUUCAUCCAGGCCCGUUCUUUGAAGAGAGCUCAGGACAUUCGGAAGCAGAUGCUGAGCAUCAUGGACAGGCACAUGCUGGACGUGGUGUCUUGUGGGAAAAGCACCAUGCGGGUCCAGAAAGCUAUUUGCAGCGGUUACUUCAGGAACUCGGCCAGGAAGCACCCGCAGGACGGCUACCGCACCCUGAUCGACCAGCAGGUGGUGUACCUCCACCCGUCCAGCACCCUGUUCAACCGCCAGCCAGAGUGGCUGGUGUAUCACGAGCUGGUGCUGACCACUAAGGAGUACAUGCGGGAGGUGACCACCAUCGACCCGCGCUGGCUGGUGGAGUUCGCCCCGGCGUUCUUCAGAGUGGCCGACCCCACGCGCCUCAGUCGACAGAAGCGGCUGCAGAAGCUGGAGCCGCUGUACAACCGCUACGAGGAGCCCAACGCCUGGAGGAUCUCCCGCGCCUUCAGGAAGCGCUGAAGACUGUCGGUCUGACACCAGGUGGGCGUGCCGGGAACAGACUGAGCCGGUUAAAGGCUGAAAAAGACUCUUUCAUUUCAUGUUUUAAUUUUGCUUUGUUGAUUUGUAUAGAAGUUUUACAGUAUUUGGUCCUAACUGUGUCGUCCUCGGGUGAAGACACACUUGACCUGGUCAACACGUUUUCUAUUGAUUUGAUUUGAUUUAUAUGAAUUUGUAAUCUCAUGUAGGUAUUUCAUCAUCACAGAUAAACACUGGAUGCACUUUUA